UCGGUGCGCAAUAGUGCGUAAAGGUUCAAUUGUUUCGUGACAAACUUCAGCUGCUGAAUGCCGUUCGCGCCCCGGUGAACAAAAGUAGAACACAGUUCCACAAUGGCGAGCUACGUCAUGGACUUUGUGGAACAACUCAAAUCGCACGCUGACCCCCGCACAAAGGACUUCCCUUUGAUCGGCAACCCGACGAUGGUGCUGACCCUCAUCGCCGGUUACCUGUACGUGGUCAAGGUGUGGGGGCCCCGGUACAUGGAAGACCGCAAGGCCUACGACCUCAAGCACAUCAUCAUGGCCUACAACGCCUGCAUGGUAAUGCUCAACACGUUCUUCUUCUACAAGUUUCUCUCGCACUCGUACCUGGGCGGCGGCUACAGCUGGAUUUGUCAAGGCAUCGACUUCCAAGACCCGGGUUCGAUCACCAUCGUUUCGUACUGCUGGUGGUACUUUAUGGUGCGCAUCCUGGACUUCGCCGACACGCUGUUCUUCCUGUUGCGCAAGAAGUACAGCCACAUCUCGUUCCUGCACGUCGUCCACCACAGCCUGGUCGUCUGGAACGGCUGGCUCUUCAUCACGUUCGGGGCCGACGGCCAGGGCAUCAUGGGCGUCUCCAUCAACUCGUUCAUCCACAUCGUCAUGUACACGUACUACUUCUUGUCCGCUCUGGGACCCUCCGUGCAGAAGUACCUGUGGUGGAAGAAGUACAUCACCACCAUGCAGAUUGUACAGUUCGCCGUUUUCAUCGGGUUUGUCUGCGUGCCCUUGUUCAAGGACUGCGGCUACCCGCGCUUCCUGACCUAUCUCGCCGCGUCCCAGUGCUUCUUCUUCUUGGUGCUCUUCGUCAACUUCUACAUUCACACCUACGUCAGGACCAGGAGGGGAGAGGUGCACUUCUUCUGCGGCAACUACGAAGCCACUUCGCAGGCGAAGGGAGACGAGCAAGGGACGAAGAACGGCAUGAUCGUCAACGAAAACGGUGCCGUCACGAACGGCAACGGUCACGUGAAUGGCCACCUAAACGGCGCUGGACUUAAGAAGAGGGAAGUCAAGAUACGUACCCACUAAAUCGCAGGAAAUGAAAAAAAAAAAGACGGCAGUGAAAGGCUCUUGGCGCAUGCAAGCGAUGUCGCGAGCAUUAUUCAACGGACUCGGAGUCGUCGGGACUGACAGCGCGUGCCUUGCGGAACUGCACUGUUGUCGUUGCGGUGUCAGUCAGCUGACCGGGAGCAUUUAUUUAUAUUCCAGUGUGUUUUUCGAAAAUGUGGCGCCCUGUCGUGCUUACUGUAGUGUCCGGAAACGAAUUGCACCUACAGCCAAUGGACGUUCGGAUGUUUUAGUUCGAGAGCGACGUGAGGCGCAGUGUCAAAGCGUUUCGUCGCUUUUCCUGUAGUUAGGCGUAUUCCAUCGUUGUCGCGCGCCUACAUGUGUUGGCGUUCCAUCGACAAUUUUCCCACGGGCAAUUAGGAAUCAACAAAAUCCUCAUGCGUGGACUGAAGAUAGUUUUUUCGUCUCUUCUCGUUUAGUCACACUGCACGUUCAUCCUCAUUUCACGCACGUGGAAAAACAUUUUUACUUCACUGCCGUUUUUUUUUUAAUUCAUUGUAAAGUACGGCAGUGCAGAAGCCACAGCAGCUGUGAUAGCAGCUCGUGUGUUUAUUGCGCUGCGUUGAUGCGUCUUUCCGCGAAUGUGCAUGUGGUGUCAGCGAUUUCAUCAUGUCUUGUUCUUAUCGCUGACGGCCAACUCUUGUACAUAUACAUUUGUUGUACUGUUGUUUCUUGACGAAUACACACGUUUUCAUCAGUC